AUGGCUUUCAUCAACCUGUUGCUGACCAUUUGCUUACCGGUUGUUGCAAUGCCACCAGGAUGGAACUGGCUAACUGGUCACAUGUUUGUCCUGUCGGGGUAUCUCAACCGUUUGCCCCCCGAUGCCAACGUUAUACUUGCGACGCAAGAGUUGGCUUGGGAAUACACCGACACAGAGAUCUUCCUAUUGGAUGUCUGGCCCAUGUCCCCCGCACAGUACAUAGUGUUCUAUCCGGAAGCAGCGUCACAGGUUACCACUAAAUUUAACCUCCCCAAAACAGUUAUACACGACCGGUUCAUGCGACCGAUCACAGGCGGGCCUAGUAUGAUUUCUGUAGGGAACGCUGAGUGGAAGCCUUGGAGAUCAAUCUUCAACCCGGGGUUCAGUGCAGGUAGCAUGCAGGAUCUUCUGCCUGAAGUUAUCAAAUCAGUUAGUGUCUUUUGCGAUAAACUACGCGAAAAAGCCGAUUCUGGAGAGAUGUUUGCCUUGGAUGAUCUGACCACCAGAUUAACUAUGGAUGUAAUCCUCAAAGUGACCCUGUUAGUUUAUCCUCCUGCAAUUUCUGGGCCACCUGCUAACCUGAGCAGUGAUGCCGACGUUGACCAUCAAAAUUCUGACAACGUCAUUGCAACCGCUCUUGGUCAAAUCACCAAAUGGCAUUCGUUCUGGGAUCCCCGCGUACGGGCAAACCCACUACGCCCUUUAAUUCAGGGAUACUAUGGCCGCGUCGCGGACAAAUGGAUUCGUAAAGCACUGAAUGACCGAUUUUCCGAGAUCAAGCACGUAAAACGGGAUGUAUCAACCCGUUCCAAGCGUGCCAAAUCGAUCCUCACUCUAGCCUUGGAGGCAUACCUAGAGAAUAAGAAUGAAGAGAUCUCUGAGGCAACCGAGUUAGAUGACGACUUUACAAAAAAUGUAACAUAUCAGAUUCGACUGUUCCUCUUCGCUGGAACUGAUACCACGUCAAGCAGUAUCGCCUAUGUGUAUCACCUCUUGUCCAAGCACCCUGAAGCUUUGACCCAAGUCCGGGAAGAACAUGACCGCAUAUUCGGACCAGAUCCUUCCGCUGCGGUGCAGCUACUCUGCGAACAGCCUUCACUGCUGAACAAAUGUCCAUAUACCAUGGCAGUCAUCAAAGAAACUCUUCGGCUCUAUACCCCCGCAAGUACUAUGCGUCAAGGCAUCGAUGGUUUGUCACUGACCGAUAGGCACGGCAAUCGCUAUCCCUUGGCGGAUGAUCUCAGCGUUUCCGUCUUACACCAGGCGGUACAUCUCAACCCAAGGGUAUGGCCACGAGCAAGAGAGUUCCUCCCCGAACGGUGGCUGGUGGAUGCAGACCACGAACUAUAUCCCGAUCCAGCCGCAUAUCGCCCGUUUGAGCAAGGGCCUCGCAACUGCAUUGGUCAGACUCUUGUAUACAACGAGAUGCGGACAGUCCUAGUGAUGACCGCCCGGACAUUUGAGAUCAAGCCAGCAUACGAUGAAUGGGACGCAAUGAAGGCGAAACAAAGGGGCUGGUUUGAUCAGAUUGCUGAAUCUGUAGGGUUCCAGAACAAGAAGCCUAAGCUGUUACACGGAGAAAGAGCAUAUCAGUCUGAGAAAGCCGGCACUCAUCCAGUGGACGGAUAUCCGUGCCGUAUCAGCUUGGUGGCAUAA